UAGUUUUUUGUGUUUUUGUAUUUACACUCACGGGAACCCUUCGUCUAAUUUUUCCCGCGUUUUUGUUCUUCUAACUCGCGGCCGACACCGGGAGUAUUGUUGAUAAAGCUUUUGCAUUAUAUUCGUCGUGGCUAAAACCAAGAAAGAAAAUCGACACAUCUUAACACUUUUAUAAUAUAAAGACAAAACGAUGGACGGAAGGACAAACGAUGUGUUUGGAAAAAAAAGGAUAAGCUAGAAACAUGGCGCGGCCUCGCUCUCGCCUCGUCAUCAUUCUAUGCGUACUUCUGCUUCUGCAAGAAUUCAGUGAAGCCAAAUUUAGACGGAGACCCAUCUAUGAAUCGAAACAUGAUUACAUUCAGACGGAUACGGAGAGGGAGGUGGAUGAAGAUGACGAUGACGACGAUCUAGAAACCGAACAAGACGAAAAUAAAGAAAACGAGGUGCCGAAACUAAAGCCACAAAAGCAAGAACAUGAGAGCCCCAAGAAGAAAGCUUGGAUAAGUGCCGUGUUCAAGGGUUUUAAAAUUGGGGGCGAUGUUGCAAAUUUAGUGCUCACUACAGUGUCGUUGUCUGCGGCUGUUUACAAGGCUGUUCACGGUUGCGGCGGAGAGCUCCAGGAGCCUCAGCUAGACGAAUACGAAAAACAAUUUGAAGCCGGAAAGAAGGAACUCAAAGAUCUUAGUGACCAGGCCGAUGAUUUACAGAUCCAAGCUGAGCAUGAGCAGUUAUGGAUUGGAGAAGAUAUUGACGAGUUCGAGUCUGUCCUUACUCGACUCAGACAGAUCGACGACGAGCAGGAACGAUACAUCGAGUCUAUCCACCCGUCCGUGCGCAUUAGCAUGAAUAACGGAGUGGCGGAGAUAAAGAAAAUAAUAAAGGAGAAGAACAACACAGCUGAGGAUAUCCUAUAUACCGAGAUUCUCGGAAUUUACCAGUCAAAGCUGGACAAUGCGCUCAACAUCGCUUUACCUGCCCUCUCCCUGGCUGUGCCUGCUGGAAUAAGACUUGCCAAGAUCAUUCGUAAACGACACGCCGCUAGAAAAGUAUUCCAGGUGUCGACUGAGCAACACGUCAACCUUAAGGUAUCUGCGUCCGACGGACCAUCAACUGUAAAACAAUCCAAAAUCGGGAAAUUUGUAAGCGGCUUCAGGACAAGAAUAACAAACACCAAGACUCGAUUGAACACACGCUUCAGUAAAGCUUUCAAGAUGGCCAAAGCCUUUAAAAAUGGAUUAUCUCUUGGACUCAAUUACGCAAGCAUGGGUUUUCAGGUGUUUAAGUUGAUUGAUGAUAGCCAGCAGUGCACCAAAAUAAAGGACGAAGCACUGCAAGCGCUUAGGAAUAUCACUCUCGCUAAGACCACGAUUCAGGGACAGAUCGCUAACAUCACCGAGGCCCUUGGUAUUAUGAAUGAGGCUUGGGACUUUCUCAGAGGAAAUUUGACAGACCAAACGUUUCUUGAUUCCCUAAAUAAUGUCGGCGUUAUGGUUUCUGAGCUGGCCAACCGGAGUGAUGAUAUGAAGACGGUGGCAGAUACCAUCGAGAAAUUUGCUAAUAACAUCAAAACUAGCACUGGCUUCAACGAAACGUACGACUUAACCAAAGAAUUAGAUAACCAAUUGAGUAGGGUGGGGUUCACCGUAAGCUGUUACACGGCCAAAAACAGAAUAACUCAACGUAUAAUCAGGAGUUGCCGAGAGGGGCGAGGGCGGAAGACAUUCGACGAGUUGUACCAAGAAGAGCAAGCAAACUUCCAGCCUGGAGACAAGAAUGACCCAGAGAAUCCAGACAACUGCUGUGACAAGAUCGGAUUUCGCUACAUCCGUAAAGUAGACAUCGAGAGAGCUUGGCGUCAAGUAGCUCGCAACGAGAGUUUGAACGCCAAGUGUAAACUCAACAAUAAGGAUUUAGUGUUCUUGGUGUGCCGUGAGAAAGCAGAGGGGUGGUCGGCUCAAAAGGCGGUAGAACGCUUAACUAAACAAAGAUUGACGGUAACUAAAGAAGAAGUUGAAGAGAUCUAUGAGAACUGUCCGCUCACGGACGAAGAUAAGCAACAGGUCUGUUCGGAGAGGAAGUCCAAGAGCGAUCAGGACAUUGCUGAAGACAACGGCUGGAACCUGGAAGCUGUCACCGAGGUGACGUGUCCAUGGCCUCUGACAGAGAGUCAGAAGAAAAGGGUCUGCCUUUUUCGAGAGAAAGGAUGGGAUGACACUAAGAUUGCAGGUUUCAUGAAGGUCGAUGUCGCACUUAUCAAGGCAGUCGAAUGUCCGCGUCCUUCCCGGGACUCCGCUGACCACAAGAUCGCGGAUAAAGGAAGCAAGCAGAGACGCGAGGAAUGAAAUAAGACGAACGUAGAAUCUUUAUUAAAACACUAUGUAAUCGCAUAUCAGGGGCGUGUCUAGAAAAAAAAACGCAUAGUGGGGUCCAGAGUUGGAAUUCAUUGAUCACGGGUCAAUUAAGUUCAAAUGGGCAUCCUUAGCCCUAGAAAUAGGUCACUAGAUACAUCUAGAAACUUUUUUAUUCAAAUACAUACAUAAAAUUAACCGUCUUCUUAACUACCAACAAAGGGGUCAACCGGAGUCGAACCCAUCUCGUCACAUGAGCAUAGUGGUGUCCCUCCCUCUGGACUCGCGCCUGCAUAUAUGGAUUUCACUUCGUUCACCUUACCAAUAGUGCAACAUCAGAAAUAAAAGAGAACUCUCUUGAA